GAAAAACGUGCUGGAGUGCAGACUCGACCCGGUCAAUUAUUUUGUCUUUUAUAAUUGAAAAGACAUAAAUUAAAAUGUCUUUAACAGCUGUAAGAAGUAUAUCUAUGUUGUCUAAAGCUUUGUCAUGCAACAGAGUUCUUUUAACAAAUUCCCUGUUUCGUUUCGGGCAGUUGAAAAACACAAGGACUUUGACGAGAUCUUUAUUUUUUUUAUGUCGGAAAAACGAUUCCGAUCUUGGUCAUCUCAAACAUCAUAUUCCUUGGUCGAACAAAUGUAGUUGUGGAUGCUCACUUCAUACAAAAGGUGAUCAAGAACUAGCUGCAUUCUUGACUGAAGAAAUUGAAAAUGAGAUAAAAGCACAGGCCUCUCCAGACUUACCAAAAUUGGGUGAUUUUACAUGUCAAUUAUCUGGAGCAGAUGUGACCCUGACAAAAAAAAUGGAUACAGAAACCAUAAUCAUCAAAGCAAAUGUGAAUAAUUCAGUGGAUGCUGAAGAUGAAGAUGUGGUUGAUACAAAUGAAGCUAAAGAACCAGAGCCAAGUGAAAUGAAAUCAAAACCAGAAUUUACAGUUGAAAUUCAAAAGGGCAAAAAAAUUCUGUCUUUCCUGUGCACUUAUUCACAUGCCAUGCCUGAUGAGGAUCCUAAUGAAGCUUACAAUGAUUCUUUCCAGAUUUCUGAAGUAUCUUUGUACGAAGGAGAAUAUGAUGAUUCCAAAUACACUGUGUCUGGUGACAUAAUGGAUGGAUACCUAUAUGAUCUGCUUAUGAACUACUUGGAAGAAAGAGGGAUUUCCAAUGAUUUCGCUGACGAAAUGGGGAAAUUUUUUACAGCAUAUGAACAUAAGCUCUAUAUUAGUUUGCUACAAGGAAUGAAGUCUUUUGUUGAAAAGAAGUAAAUGUAGUAUUUUUCAUUUGUCAUACACAUGUUAUCAAAUGUAUGUAAUGUCUACUAAUCAUUGUUUCAUGAGUAGAUCUUUGUUUCCAAUUUAAUAAAAAUGUAAUA